AUGUAAGCUUUUUGGAAAUAGGCACAAUAAAGGUGAGAACUUGUUUGUGGCCACAACAUGUUUACUGAAAUAAAAGUUAAAUUAAAUAUAUCUUGACAUCGCUCAAGAAUAAUUUUAUGUAUCCUUGUUUUCCCCAAACAGCGAAGAUUUAUAGUUGAUGAUAUGAAUUAGCAAUCAUUCAAGUUCAAUAAAUAAUUUGAGUGAUAAUGAUUCUAAGCAAGGCAAUUUUAACGGAAACCAUUAACAGAAACGAUGAAUUUAAUUUAAAGCCUCCAUCGUAGUCUUCAUUUGAAUAUUCAUCGAUAACUUAAUUCCUACAUAACUGAUCUAUCUCCUUUUUGUCUUCAGGUUCUUAUUUUGGAUAAGAAAAGAACACCUCUCUGUGGAGGGAUGCUGCUGUCCAACCAGUGGAUUCUUACCGCUGCUCACUGUCUACGCAAGCGAUUGUACGUUCGAGCAGGAGAACAUGAUCUCACAGAGGUGGAAGACACAGAGCAGCAGGAAAGAGUAGCCAUGAUGUUUGAGCACCCCAAUUAUGAUCCGGUGACCGUCGAAAGUGAUAUAGCACUUCUCAAAAUGAGAAUUCCUUUUGAAUUGAGCCCGGAUGUACAACCCAUCUGUCUUCCUCACGAGGAGGAUGAACUCCCAUUCUAUGCCAGGGCGACCAUUGUGGGAUGGGGCACACGUACAAGUGAAUCCGUUUAUGUCGAGAAUGUCCUUCUUGAAACAAAUGUGCCAAUAAUUCCACCUAAAGAAUGUCGGAACGCCUACAAAGAUGUCUUCAUCAGCGAUCACAUGAUUUGCGCUGGCUUCGCCGGUGGGAGGGUUGAUUCUUGCCGAGGGGACAGUGGGGGUCCCCUCAUGCACACGCAGAAAGAUGGCACAUGGGCAGCAUAUGGAGUGACGAGUUUCGGAGAAGGAUGUGGAGAGAAAGGAAAAUUCGGUGUGUAUGCCAAUGUAGUCAGCCAUCUAUCCUGGAUCAAGAGUGUCAUCAAAAAUUACAACUGAUUAAAAAAAAUAUAGCUGAUGGUAAAUUUUUUAACAGUGUACAGUUCUUUGAAGAAAAAUUCAAUGUAGUAUACUUUGAUAUAUUUAUUUAAUUUUAAUUUUGAUUUUUUAUUACGUCACACCGACAAUAUGAUGCAAAAACUUUUCACGUUAAAAAAAUUACUUGAAGCUGAAAUGUAAUAAAUUUGUAAAAUAAAAAAUAACAUUUGUAGAGUCAUUUAGAAUUUUUUAUGUUAGAAUACUGAAAAAAUCCACAAUACACUCAUUGGAAUUCGAACAACAGACCUCCUAAAUUCGCGUGCUUUUAUUCACAGCACGAAGGCAUGCAGAGAGGAUGUAGAAAAUACCUUAUAUACUCCCACUUUUAAAAGGCGAUUGUGGAUUAGGGGACCCUGUCGCCAAAUCCUGGGGGGUCACAAAUUAUCGUUUUCCACUUUUUAGUUCAGGCGUCACUUGUGGAGUCAUUUAGAACUUUUUUAUGUCAUAACACUGAAAAAAAAAUCUUCAAUGCCCUCGCCGGAAUUCGAACUUCGAACUUCUCAAAUACGCGUCGAGGGUGUUUCCAGUUACACCAUGGUGCAAUGCGGAAAGGAAGAAAGAA